UAAUCGAAUCAAUCAUUCACCAAUUGGAUUCACUGAAUGCAAAGUGCAAUGUAAUCUCAUCUCUUCUCUUUCUCUCCCUCCAACGAAAAAUGGUGUCAACACACGAGAAGAAGACGAACCUCGCCAGACUCAUCAUCCCUUCUUCUUCAUCUUCCCCAUCGCCAUCCCCAUCCAUCACAAGCCCACAUGUCAUUCACAGUAGGUCCCACUCCUUUGUGGGUCCCUCCCCGCGCUUCAAUCCCUCCUCAACCCCUCUCUUCUUCCUCCAAGAGGACGACGACGAAGACGAAGAAAAGGAACCUCUUUCUUCUGACCCUGUUAAGAUUGGACCUUCCGAUUUUCAUAUUCUCCGUGUUGUAGGGCAGGGUGCCUUUGGCAAGGUCUUUCUCGUCAGAAAAAAAGGAAAUUGCUUCGAUGGUGAUGGUGAUGGUGAUGGUGAUGGCGAUGGGGUCUUCGCCAUGAAGGUCAUGAGAAAGGACACCAUUAUAAAGAAAAACCACGUUGAUUACAUGAAAGCGGAGAGGGAUAUUCUCACUAAAGUCCUUCACCCUUUCAUUGUUCAGCUACGUUACUCUUUUCAGACCAAUUCUAAGUUAUAUUUGGUGUUGGAUUUUGUAAACGGAGGGCAUCUCUUCUUUCAUCUGUAUCGCCAGGGUAUCUUCAGUGAGGAUCAGGCAAGGCUUUACACUGCUGAGAUAGUGUCUGCAGUUUCACAUCUUCACAGCAAAGGCAUCGUGCAUCGGGAUCUUAAGCCUGAAAACAUUCUAAUGGACUCUCACGGGCAUGUCAUGCUGACUGAUUUUGGAAUGUCAAAAGAGAUUGAUGAAUUGGGAAGAUCCAACUCUCUUUGUGGCACCGUGGAAUAUAUGGCUCCUGAAAUUCUUCUGGCUAAAGGCCAUAACAAGGAUGCGGAUUGGUGGAGUGUUGGUAUCCUGUUGUAUGAAAUGCUAACAGGGAAGGCACCGUUUACACACACUAACAGAAAGAAACUUCAGGAGAAAAUUAUUAAAGAGAAAGUUAAACUUCCACCAUUCCUUACCAGUGAAGCUCAUUCAUUACUCAAAGGAUUGCUGCAAAAGGAUCCAACAACAAGGUUAGGACAUGGGCGAAAUGGAGAUGAGCAGAUCAAAAGUCAUAAAUGGUUUAGGUCAAUCAAUUGGAAAAAAUUGGAGGCAAGAGAACUGGAACCAAAGUUUAAACCAGAUGUGUCUGGGAAAGACUGUACUGCUAAUUUUGACAAAUGUUGGACAGCAAUGCCCCCUAAUGACUCACCAGCAUCCACACCUACAGCAGGUGACCAUUUCCAGGGCUAUACUUAUGUGGCGCCCAACCCUUGGCUUUCAUCUGGUUCACUACAAUGAACAAGGAAAUCUGUACAUUGAUCUAUGUAUCAAAAUAAGACAAGUAACCCAUUUCUUCUUAUGGUGAGCUUUCUCAGCUUACAAGUAACCAAAACCUUCUCUGACCAUUGCAGAGAAUACAGAAUGUUUAGGGGCUCUGAUAUGACCCAUUAUGUUUGUGCAGCUUUGUUUAGUUCUUGUUUUAAAUUAAGGUCAACAUUAACAUAUUUGUACAACCAGGGCCCUGAAGAGGGUGAGGGUGUAUCACAUAUUUGACUUAUUCAUCAGAAGAGUUUGCAUGUAUGAAAUUGUAUUGUCUUA